AUGGUUGCGUUCAACAACAUGAGCGUUACCUUUGGCCAGCUGCUUGCAAGUGCCCUAGGUGCUGGCUUUGCUCAAGUCAAAGGUGAGUGGUGGCGAGCCACUGUCGGCAUUGGAGCCGCUCCUGCCCUUAUACUCGCGGGACUUCUUGUGUUUUGCCCAGAGUCACCUAGGCAGCUUGUAUCUCAUGGAAAUCAUGAAGCAGCGAAAGCUGUUCUGCUUCGGAUUUGCCCCACAUCAACUGAGGAGCAACGGCAUGCCAAGAUCAUGUCAAUUGAACUAUCGCUUAAUGAAGCUACUCAGGCUAUGACUGAACAGUCUCUCUGGGUUACCUUCAAGCGUAUCUUCACCACUCCUGCUACUGGCCGUGCCGUCUUGACCGCAUGCAUGGUCAUGGCCAUCAGUCAACUGGGCGGAUUCAAUACUCUGAUCGGUUGGAAUUACGUGUCAGCUACGAACUUUGUCUUCUCAAUCGUGAAUAUUGUUCUUGUGGACCGACUCGGACGAAGAAUCAUUCUAACAGUCACCGUGCUGGGAAUGGCCAUCUAUAUGAUGGUUGCAGCAGCCGUAACCUUCAGCUACAUUCCCGUGAACACAAGCACCCUGGAGCUGGAGACAGAUCAGGUUGGCUGGCCGGGCCCUGUAGUACUUGUUGCUAUUAUUGGUUAUGUCGCCUGCUUUUCCUCAGGUGUCGCUACCAUUGCAUGGAUCGGCACGGAGCUAAUUCCCCUCGAGGUCAGAGCACUGGGAACGAUGCUGAACACGGUGACAUGCUGGAGUACCAACAUCAUUAUUGCUUCGACCUUCCUGUCAAUGAUGAAGAAUUGGACGCCUAGCGGCGCUUUUGGAUUUUACACCGGAAUGUGUUUUGUUGGCUGGUUGUUCGUCAUCUUCUUCUACCCCGAGUGCAAAGGCAUGCCAUUGGAGGCUGUCAGGGAGGUUAUCAGCCAUGGAUUUGGUGUCGGCUAUUCGAAGAAAUGGCAGAAGUAA